GUUUGUGGAGCUGAGGGAGAGGAAGGAUCGGAGUGAGACUUGUAACUGAGGAGAUACUUAGCACUCAUCUAUACACAGCAACGGGCAGCGGCCAAUACAACAUGACCCUGGAGGAACUCACUGGAGAACACAGCAUGGGAAAAAUGGAUACUGUUGGAAAUGCAUUACAAGAAGUGCUGAACAAGGCCAAGCACCAGCGAACCAUCACAAUUGGAGUGUAUGAAGCUGCCAAGCUACUGAAUGUAGACCCAGACAAUGUGGUGCUUUGUCUGUUGGCUGCGGAUGAAACGGACGAUCAGGAUGUUGCUUUACAAAUCCACUUCACCCUGAUCCAGGCGUUUUGCUGUGAGAAUGACAUCAACAUCCUGAGAGUGAGCAAUGUGAGCCGGCUGGCUGAGAUCCUGGGAACCUCUGACAAGCCUGGGGAACCUGCCGAUCUGCAUUGCAUUCUAAUCAGCAGUCUGCACCCACCUCCGUGCAAGGAUACUGCAAUGCAGGAAGUGAUCUGCUUUUGCAAAGAGAGCCGGUACCUGGAUCAAUGGGUUCCUGUGAUCAAUCUUCCCGAACGAUGAUUUGCCUUAUGGAAUCCCAAGGACAUUUCUUUAUUAAUGUUUCAAAACAAAACAAAAAAAAAAUACUUUACGGAGGUUAAAAUAAAAUAUUGGAAGAAAAGAAAAAAUGACUCUCCGGGAGAAACUUCUACAGUGGAGGUUUACAGAGUGUUUUAAAACAUGGACUAAUGAGCAAAGGAGUCUGGGAGAAUUCACUAUGUAUUGAGAGCAACUCAGGAGUUACGACGAUCACUGAUGGCGACUGGAUUACGCCGAACAUAUGCUUGAAAGAGACUGUACAGAGUUUUUGUUGUGGAGCUUAAGGGUCAACAAAAAAAAAUACAUUAUAAAAUAUGAAAUUAACAGGGGGAAAAAAAAAAAGCUGUCUGUUCUGCAGACUUUUAUCUUGGCAAUACUGCCGUUUUUUUAAAGAUGGGUUGAUGCAGUUUUGUCUUUAAGAUGUUAAUUUAUUUCACCAAGUUUUAUUUAUAAUAUUGCUAUUCUAUUGUAUGCCUUUAACGGAUUGGUACAAUUCUACUUUUUUCAUGUAGACUAAU